AUGGAUAUCAAACCGACGAAGAACGGGGCCACUACGAAUCCAAACCGAAACGCAGCUAAAAUCGGUCGUGGUCCAAAGCGAAAAAAGCCAAAAAAACAUCCCAAACCGAAAGAUCCAUUCAACGAUCUAGUUCUGCUGAAGGGCAGUCUAAUCUAUCAAACGAAAGAAUUCUUCGAAAACUCAACACUGCAUGGCGUGCGCUACAUCGCAGAGGAAGGUCGUCCAUUUUUCGAAAAAUUUAUGUGGUUCUGCUUUGUGGCCAGCGGAGCCGUCGCGGCCAUUGUAAUCAUUUUUAGCCUGUGGGAAAAGUUCCAAACAAAUCCAACAAUCACCGGGUUGGAUACGGAUUUCCACAAUCAAGAGGUGGUAUUUCCAACGGUGAUGAUUUGUCCAAUGGAACCGUACGACGAAAAGAAUGUCCAGGAAUUGGCCUACAUCACAUUGGCAAACUAUGAAAGUGGUUCGGAACAGUUUGAACCAUUUUUGAAGAUAUUAACACAACUGUCAUACCCAACCAUGAACGAUGCCGUUGAGCUGAGUGAAAAUGUGUCCAGUAGCCCUGCCUUGGCGAACAGAGAUCUCCGCAAGCUUGCAUUCAAAGCUGCAGUUCUGUGCAAUGCAACCAUCGAACAUUGUCAAUACAAAGACGAACCGAUCGCUUGCUGUAUCUACUUCAAACCUGUAUAUUCCGAAUAUGGGUUUUGCUAUUCGUUCAACUCGCGCUUCAUUUCUCAAACCAUAGUAGAGGAACGCAACCCGGAUGUCAACUACCUCUACGAAACGGACAAGAAGUGGGGUAUCUCGUUCGCUCCGCUCCGGCAGUGUUACAUCUUCGUUCAUUCCCACAACGAAAUGUCCGGCUGGGAUUUUCGGCCGCAAGUGCAGUGGGAUCUGAAUUUUGCCAUCGACUUUCUGAUCUCGAUGAAACAAACCUACACCACGGAAGACGCUCGGCAGCUUUCCAUCGGGCAGCGAAAAUGUAUUUUCCCGGACGAAGUUAAGCUUCAGUACUUCCGAGACGAGUACACAUUUUCCGGUUGUAUGAAGGAAUGCCGAAUGCGCAAAUGUCUCAAAUUUUGUCGAUGCAUUCCACCCUUCUAUGCACCGUCGGUGGACCUGCCAUUUUGCAAAGUAGCACAGUUGGCAUGCCUGGCCCGGUAUGCAGCGAACAUUACCAGCAUUAGCGGCUGCCAGCACUGCGAGCUAGGCUGUCACAAUACAGUUUACGACAUCGAGAAGUACUCCAAGGUGAUGAGCACUGAUGACACCAAGGCAGCGUUUGUGACCAUUGAAUAUCUGACAUGGCCGAUAAUUCGCUACAAACGGGAGGUCCUCUUCGGUUGGGUCGACUUGUUGGUUUCCUUCGGAGGAAUAGCUGGACUUUUUCUAGGUUUCAGUCUUCUUUCGGGUGUGGAAAUAAUCUACUUCUUCACCAUGCGAGCUUGCUGUAUGAUUUACAAAAACCGUGACGAACUUAUCGCGAUCGAGAAAGAAAAAAUGAAACGACCACAGGCUCGGUACAAUUUACGUCUGAAGCCGGUUUGGAAGGCGCCCGACGACUCGUCACAACAGGAAGGGCUGACGAUGAGAUCCAAGAAUGUUGCAAUGGUAGGACUAAUGGACCUGGACAUUCCGACGGUGAAGGUUCCGGACGGUCGGGCACCAGCCGGAAUCAGCUUGCGUCACAUGGAACGGUUCGAGCGAAUGAAAACCAUGAUUCGGCCGGAUAUUUUUCGUCCAAUGCAAGUUGCUCCGUUUAGCGAGCGUAUUGAGCCGCUCGAUAAAAAUAUGAUCCGCACCAAAGACGGGUUGUUUUAUAAUGGUUACCUACCGUGAAGAAAACUAAUAAGAAGUAUUUGAACCUGUUUCCGAAAUCGUUUGAAAAAUCCUAAACCGUUCAUUCAUAUUUCUAAGGAAUUAGUUGGAUUCGAGCACAAGCAAAAAUUUCUAAUCAGCUGUCAGCUCCGAUGCAUCCCUCGCUGUGUAGCAAUUAAGGUAUCGAAGAGAAUUGCUUUCAACUAUCCAGCAUAUCAACCCUUAAAAUAUAAUUGUAAUGUAAUAUCUGAGCUUACUUGACUACUGAUUGUACCAUAUUAUCCGCACUUUAUAUGUAACUGAUUAGGAGCACAAGGUCAACGAUGCGUGGGUGAUGCGCAUUGUUCUGUCUAAGUGGGCUGAUGUGUAAACUGCAGAUUAGUAAA